CUGUCAAGGCACACGAACAACAAGCCCAACGAGAAAUACGUUACGUGAAGAAGUAGAAAACUGACGAAAUUUCCAAGGAAAUCGAUUUGAAAUCGUGAUUAUUUUCGACAAUUCAGAUUUUAGAACGUACUAGUGUAAAUAGACUACGACGAAAAUACAAGGAAUACUCGUAAAAACAUGGAAUUCGAUUGGGACAACAUCAGCAUCGGUGAUCCCGGAUUGAACAACUCGGGGAGCUUUUUCUAUCGUGGCAUAAACGGAGAAAAACAUCAUUUAGAUCCUUUAAUGAUUAAGAUCGAGAAAAUGGAUUUGAAGGACUUACAAUCGGAACCGUGUUCGAGUACUUCGGUAAAACCCACUGCUGGAGCCAUGCAGAUGAAGCAGACGAAGACGAAGGUUUGUAGCGAGCAAACGUACGAUCGAGCCUACCGCUAUGCCCAGGUCUACGAACAGAAGCGACAGGCUCUGCGGGAAAAGGAAAGCAUGCAGUUGCAGGAGAUGAAAAAGUUCCACGCACGACCGGCUCCAAAUUUUCGACAUACCACGAAAAAGGAAAAUACCGAACCGAAAUUCACCAUUCCUACUACACCGAAACAGAUGAAACCAGAGCGACUGAAAAAAUCUGCCGAUCAAGCGAAAAAAAUGCAGGAAAGAUCUAAAGAAGCUGAACCGACUAAGUUUCGGGCAAACGACGCAAAGGUUCUGAAGGAGCAACCCUUCCAGCCGGAGCUACCUAAAACUGUGCUUGCGCAGGAACCGUUCAACCUAAGGAUGUCGUCUAGACUUCAGGAGCGCAAAAGGUUUGACGCCGAGUUGCAGCGGGCCAAAGAGGAAAAAUCUCAACGUGAAGCGGCAGAGCGCCGGGCAGCCGAGGAACGCGAAGUGAAGCUAUUGCGCAAACAGAAAGAAUUUAAAGCUACCCCGAAUCCUUUUAAGUAACCCAUCGAUUUGAGUGUGUUUUGUCCCUAAUUUAGGAUCCUUUUUUGUGUAUUUAAUAUAGUCAUUUAUCGUUCGUUUGAAUUCAAACGUUUUCUAGUUAUUACAGGUAACAUAAAAUA